GGGGUUAAAGGAAAUGGUUGAGAGGGUGGCUGAACCGGCAUUUAAUGGUGGGUUGGAGGGAAAUUACUACAUUCCCCUUGGUGAAACGGGUGGCGGUAUCUGUCGAUUGGGGGUUCAAAAUGACUUUAUAACCCCUGGAGGCGGUUGUGUUCGUAGAGAUGAGAAUAGUAAUAAACCGGAAAUUCUGUUCAGUGAAGUGUUUGAAGAGAGAAAGAUUGAAAACAACGCAGGAACAAAAAUGGUGGGGAAUUUUGAUGGAAUUGAUCAAGGCAAAUUAAGUGAAGUUGGAAGAAAACAAAUGGUGGGUCAGGGGCAAAAAAGGAAAAGGGGUCGACCCAAAGGGUCUAAGAACAAGAACAAGAAAAUGGUGGUUGAAAACCAAGAACAAUUAAGGGAUGAUCAAAUAGAUUAUCAAAAUGAUGGUAAGCAAUUUGGUGAAAUGGGUGUGAAUUUUGGUGGAAAUGAUGAUAUUGGGAAGAGGGUUAGGCAAUUGUUUGAGUCUGAUAGUGAAGAAGAUGAUCAGAAUAAAAUUCAGGGUUUUGAAGAAGAAAUUGAUGAGGGUUUGGGUAAUGAAGAAGUUCCUAAUGUUAAAGAGGAGAUGAUCAUGCCUAAGAAGAAACGAGGGCGGGCAAAGGGUGUGAAGAAUAAGCUGAAAAUGGGGAAGAAUGGUGGAGAGGUGGUUAGUGGGGAAGGAAUUGAUGAUGGGGGUUGUGCAUUGGUGAGUUUUGAAGGUUCGAAAAGGCGGAAGAAGAAUGUGAUUCAGGACUUUCUGGUGGAGGAGGUUGGAGGGGAAGUGGAAAAGACGGUGGAGAAGCGAGCCCGGGUUAAGGGGUUGAAGUUGAGAAGGAAGAAGGUGAUUGUGGUUGCUAAGGUGGAGGAAGAGGGUUUGGAGAAAAAAGUGGAGAGGCGUGUGCGUUCUAUAGGGUCGAAAAAUGAGGAAGAGGAUGUGGUUAUGGUUGCUGAGGUAGGGGAAGAGGAAGGGAUGAAGGUAGAGAAGCGUGGGCGGGGGCGUCCUAAGGGUUCCACAAAGAAGAAGAGGAAGAUUUGUAGAAGGGGAAGGGUUUGUGGAGAAGGUGCAGAACAAGUGAGUGAGGCUGGUGGUGAAGUAGUGCAGGUUGUGAGAAAUGAACCUGAUGAGCCUGUUGGUUGUGGAGAAGGUGCAGAACAAGUGAGUGAGGCAGGUGAUGAAGUUGUGCAGGUUGUGAGAAAUGAGCCUGCUGAUGUUGGCUCUAAAGUACGCCGGAGAAAGAAGAAGCGUGGACGGCCUAGAGGUUUGAAAAACAAAAGGGUAAUCCUUGUUGAUGGAGUCCUUCCCAAAGUUAUUAGCUCACUACCUGGAGGAAGAGGUUUGGUUGUGCAAAAGGACAUGGAACUUGUGGACUUACCGCGACAUUGUGGAAAUGAAAAGGUGGAUGGUGCUGAAAUGCUACAUGAAUCAACAAUUAAAGAGCAGAAACCUCAGAUAAAGGUCUCUAACUACCGGCUGAGAGCGAGAAAUAUGCCCGAGGUUGCCGCUGGUUCUAGAAGAGAGCACUGCUCAAGGUGUCACCAGUGCAGAAGCGAAAAGAAUGAUAUCAUUGCUUGCUCAUUCUGCAAAAAGAAACGUUAUUGUUUCCCAUGCCUUAUAAAGUGGUAUCCUGAAAGAACAAGGGAGGAAGUACGGGAGGCGUGCCCUUUUUGUCGUGGGAAUUGCAAUUGUAAAAUAUGCCUCCAGGAGAAGCUAGUUAUGAAGGACAGACAGAGAGACAUUGAUAGAAAGGUCAAGUUAGAUAGGCUUUUGUACUUGAUGUGCAAAAUCAAUCCCAUUCUAAAAUGCAUACAAGAGGAGCAGAGAGCUGAGUUGGAAGUGGAAGCUAGAAUACUUGGCAAACCAAUUAAAGAAGAGGAUAUAAUGAAGACUAGAUUUGAUCAAGAUGAUCGGAUAUAUUGUGAUAAUUGCAACACAUCCAUUGUAAAUUUCCACAGAAGCUGCCCCAAUUCUGUUUGCUCUUAUGAUCUCUGUAUAUCCUGUUGUCAAGAAUUGAGAUCAGGUUUAAGGUCUGAUGACCUUGAAGCUGGAUCUUCAUGUCGCUCUACAGGAGGUUCCUUGAAUCAUGAUAUAACGGGAAACAGCCAGAAACAUGAUGCUGAUAAGAUGGGGAACAGCAAAGUGUUUACUGUUGGAAAUUAUUUACCCCCUACAGGUUGUGGGAGCAUGAACAUAAAUGAUAGUAUUCUUUGUCCUCAGAAAGGACAUGGUGGUUGUGGACUUCACAUACUUGAACUGAGACGUGUCCUUGAGCUUAAUUGGGUGGACACAGUGAUUGAAAGCAUUGAUAAGGUCACUAUUGAUUAUUAUUUGCCAGAGACAGAUUUUAGUCAGGAAUGUCUCAUCUGCCUCCCUACUGCUUCAGAUGCUCAAAGUAUUGCCUCUGAAAGAAGAAAGGCAGCUUCAAGGUUAAAUAUGCGUGAUAACUUUCUAUACUGUCCGAGUGUUUCAAGUAUGAAUGAACUUAAUAUUGACCAUUUUCAAAGGCAUUGGACACAAGGUGAACCUGUGAUUGUUAGAGAUGUUUUGAAAGAAGGAUCUGGUCUGAGUUGGGAGCCAAUGGUGAUGUGGAGGGCUUUCAGAGGAGCCAAAAAGAUAAUGAAGGAGGAUACACUUAAUGUAAAGGCCAUAGAUUGUUUGGACUGGUGUGAGGUAGAGAUUGAUAUCUAUCACUUUUUCAAGGGCUAUUUGCAUGGUCGGAAUCAUAGUAAUGGUUGGCCAGAAAUUUUAAAACUGAAGGAUUGGCCUGCUUCGAAUUCAUUUGAAGAAUGCUUGCCAAGGCACUUUGCUGAGUUUAUCAUGAUGCUUCCAUAUAGCGACUACACCCAUCCUGAAUGUGGUAUCCUCAAUCUUGUUACCAAACUUCCUGAUGGUGUACCAAAGCCAGAUUUGGGACCAAAAACAUAUAUUGCAUAUGGUUAUGAAGAAGAGCUUGGUAGAGGUGAUUCUAUGACAAAACUGCACUGUGAUAUAUCUGAUGCGGUUAAUGUGUUGAUGCACACAACAAAGGUUGAUAUUAGCUCAUGUCAGCAGCAGAUCAUACACAAGUUGCAAAAUACUUAUGAAGCUGAAGGAUCAGUUACUGCAGAUAGAAGUGACACUGAAACUAAAGAAAAUUUAGAUGUUGCCCUCAACUGUUCUGAUGCCAAAGAGUUUUCUUGUGCUGAUGGAGCUGGUGCUGAAAGCACCAUCAGCCAUUUUUUAGAGACACCAGUUUCUUCAGAUAAAUGUGACAAUGAAACGAAUGAUAACUCUGGUGCUGGCCUGAACUGCUCUGCUGCCAAAGAGUUUCCCUCUGCUGAUGGAGAUGGCUCUGUAAGCUCCGUCGGCCAAUUUCCAGAAACAUCAGUGUCUGCGGAUCAACGUGACCGUGAAACUAAUGAAAAUUAUGAUGCUAUCCUGAACUGUUCUGCUGCCAAAGAGUUUCCCUCUGCUGAUGGAGCUGGUGCUGUAACAAGUGCUAAUCAUUCUUUGGAGGUUUCAUGCUCUGGUGGAGAGCAUGAAUUAUUGUCUAAAAAACCUGAUUUUGAUGAAAAUAAAGUCGGUGAAGGUGCUAUCUGGGAUAUUUUUAGAAGAGAGGAUGUCCCAAAACUUCUUGAUUAUCUAAAAAGGCAUCAGCAAGAAUUUAACCACAUUAACAAUCUUCCUGUGAAAUCAGUUGUCCAUCCUAUUCAUGACCAGACUUUCUAUAUGACUGAAAUCCAUAAGAAACAGCUGAAAGAAGAGUUUGGUGUGGAACCUUGGACAUUUGAACAACACUUGGGCGAGGCUGUUUUUAUACCUGCUGGAUGUCCCCAUCAAGUGAGAAAUAGAUUAUCUUGCAUUAAAGUGGCCCUCGACUUUGUGUCCCCUGAGAACGUUCAAGAAUGCAUUCGAUUGACAGACGAGUUUCGCUUGCUCCCCAAAAACCACAGAUCUAAGGAGGACAAAUUGGAGGUGAAAAAAAUGGCGCUGUAUGCAGCAAGUUCUGCUCUGAGCGAAUUCAGAAAACUGACUACAGAUUUUGAAUGAGAAUUUCAUGGGGAGUAAAUUGAAUAAACUGAGCCACUGCUUGCUCAACCAAUAAUAUCAUUUCAUUCUUGUAUAAUUUGUUCUUGUAUUGAUUUGGAAAUUAGCAUUUGUUUUUGUUAUAGCUGAAUGAGGAAUAGUAUCUCAACUUUGAUGCAAAUAUUUGUGCGAGUUUGUCUUUGUUGAUUAAAAAUCUUUGAUACCA